UGUGUGUCUGGUGUUUAAUGAGAGCAGGAGAGAUGAUGGAGACGGAUGGAGACUCAGACGAGGACAGACGGGUUCCUGCACUUCCUGUGAAGAAUCUCACUGGUUCAGGACCGGUCCAUCCUGCAUUAGCAGGAAUGACUGGUAUCCUCAUGUGUGCCGCCGGGCUCCCCGUGUGUUUGACUCGGGCCCCUAAACCGAUCCUCCAUCCACCGUCGGUCAGCAAGAGUGACCUGAAACCCGUGCCAGGAAUCAACAGCAUCCGACGCAAGACUAAGAAAAAGCACCUCCGCAAAGGUAAAAAUCCAGAGGAUGUGGUUCGGCGCUACACAGAGAAAAUCAAAACGGCUCCCGAUGAGGACUGCACCAUCUGCAUGGAGCGACUGGCCACAGCGUCCGGAUACGAGGGAGUGCUGAGCUACAAAGGCAUCAAGCCCGAGCUGGUCGGCAAACUGGGAAAGUGCGGCCACAUGUACCAUCUUCUGUGUCUGGUGGCCAUGUACAAAAAUGGCAAUAAGGACGGCAGUCUGCAGUGUCCCACCUGUAAGGCCAUCUACGGGGAGAAAACCGGCACGCAGCCUCCUGGGAAGAUGGAGUACCACGUGAUUCCUCAUUCUCUACCAGGAUGCUCCGAUACAAAGACUAUCCGCAUCGUCUAUGACAUUCCCGCUGGGAUACAGACCACAGAGCAUCCCAAUCCCGGGAAAAAGUACAGCGCGCGGGGAUUUCCUCGACACUGCUACUUACCGGACAACGAGAAAAGCCGGAAGGUGUUGAAGUUGCUAAUCAUGGCGUGGGAUCGUCGUUUGAUCUUCACCAUCGGGACGUCCAGCACCACGGGAGAGACGGACACAGUGGUGUGGAACGAGAUUCACCACAAGACCGAGUUCGGCUCCAACCUCACGGGCCACGGCUACCCCGACCCCAACUAUCUGGACAACGUGAUGAGAGAACUGGCCGCCCAGGGCAUCGGAGAGGACAACCUGAAGGACUGAGGCUCGGUCCGCUGCCAGACACACAAACACACACACACACCUCAUUCAGAGGAGUUCCCGGAGAGACCUUUGACCUCUCUGGGAACGACGGUCCUCGCUGACCCCGAGUCAGUGCGGGACUGUGUGAGAGACGAGUAGAUGUGGAUAAUGGAGUGAUGAAAUCAGUCGAAAUUACUCUAAUAUAUUCCUCAUUCACUGACACAGCUUGCUUUCUCUCUCUCUAUCUCUCGCGUGCUCUUUUUGAAGGCUACCCAGAAUGCAUCUGGGCUCCGACCAGUGCAUGUGGUAGUUGUAUAUACACACACAUUAGUGGUUGACCGAUAUGGGGUUUUCAAUGGCGAUGCCUCUUACAGAUGGCAGAUAUAAUAUGGUAUAUCUAGGGCUGUCAAGUGAUUCAAAUUUUUGUGCAGAUUAAUCAUCAGUUUUGGCUGAGAAAUGUACCCCCUAAAGAUCAUUUAAAGCCCU